AUGGUAUUUAGGAAGUUGACCACAGAUCUAGAGCUGGAUGAAUGUGGAGCUCACCCUCCACACACCAACCACGUGCCACACCUCUGCUCCACGGGCUGCCAGUCAGCCUGCUGCCCAUCCCCGUGCUGCGUCCCCACCGCCUGUUGCUCACCCUUGGGCUGUGGGAGCUCCUGCUGCCGCCCAGUGUCCUGCGUGACUCCGCUGUGCGGACCUGUGUGUGGCAUGGCCAGCUCCUGCCACUCGGCCUGCUGUGUGCCCAGCCCCUGCCAGGAGACCUGCUGUGUGCCUGUGAGCUGCAAGCCCGCCGUGUGUGUGCCUGUGAGCUGCAAGCCCGCCUCUUCUUGCUGCUUGCAGCCCUCUUGCCCCACCCUUGUCUGCAGACCUGUCACCUGUGGUACCCCUUCUUGCUUCUGA